AUGGUCAUACGAGCAGUUCUUGGAUUAGCUACCUUUCAACUUAUAUUGGGAGAUGUCGUUCAACUGGAUACUUCGAAUUUUGAUGCAAUCACGAAGUCCAACGAUAUAGUGUUCGUCAAUUUCUACGCUGACUGGUGUCGUUUCUCUCAAAUGUUGAAACCGAUUUUCGCUGAAGCGAGUGAAAAAUUUCAGAUUUUAGCUGAACUGGCAUCGCGAUUUCAAGUCAACAAAUAUCCAACGUUAAAGCUCUUCCGAAAUGGGGAAGUCGUGCGAAAGGAGUAUAGAAGUCAGCGCUCAGUAGAAGCCCUUUCUGACUUUGUGCAGAAGCAGUUGGAUCCGGGUGUAAAUGUAGUUCAGAGCGAAGAAAAUCUCAACAAUAAAUUGGACAAGGAGAAACGUAAUGUUGUAGCGUAUUUCCCCCAACUAGAAGGUGCGGAAUAUGAAUCUCUGAAAAAGGUGGCUUCGAUUCUGCGAGAGGAAUGUUCAUUCUAUAUUGGUAGCGGUCCUGCGUUUUCCUCCUUAACAGCGCAUGGUCCUUCGUUGUCUUUUAUGGGAGCAAAUAAUCCUGAAGCGUUGCCAUUCACCGGAGACAUGAAAGACUACGAAUUUCUGAAGCAAUGGUUAACUGAUAAGUGCAUUCCGCUCGUUCGUGAGAUCACGUUCGAAAAUGCCGAAGAACUGACCGAAGAAGGCAUCCCUUUCCUUAUUUUGUUCCGUCAUCCUGAUGAUAAACAAAGUGAGAGAAUUUUCACUGAUGCUGUUAUCAGAGACCUCCCGGAUCAAAAAGCUGCGAUCAACUGUCUUGUUGCUGAUGGAAAGAAGUUCGCCCAUCCUCUACAUCAUUUAGGCAAGAGGGAAAGCGAUUUGCCAGUAGUUGCAAUUGACUCAUUUCGACAUAUGUAUCUUUUUCCUAAUGCAAAUGAUCUUCACAUCCCUGGAAAGUUACGACAGUUUGUUUUGGAUCUACACAGUGGCAAACUGCAUCGAGAAUUCCAUAAUGGACCUGAUCCUGUUGUACAGGUCAGUUGCGUUUCUUGA